AUGACGGCUCUGCUUGUGAACCAGGUCGGGCUGUGUCUCAUAGUCAGCAGUGCUGUCACCUGCGGGAUUGUCAUGUUCGCUCUCUACAGGAAGUGUGAUCCUCUGAAGGCGGGGCUAAUCUCCGCUGCCGACCAGUUCAUGCCCUUUCUGGUACUGGAUAUCUUCGCAGACUACCCUGGUGCUCCAGGACUUUUCCUAUCUUGUGCCUACAGUGGGACUCUCAGGUAUUGCAUCUCUGUUGUGACUCUCUUACACCUAAAAGGUGAAGGAUAUAUGGAGGAUAUUCUCAAACCCCGCCUCCUCAGCGUGUCACAGAAGAGACUUGUGCUCAUCUACAAAGGGCUGACCCUGUUCUAUGGCAUAGCCUGCAUCACAGUCGCUGCGCUUACUUCCCUGGUGGGCGGGGGGGUGCUGCAGGGAUCGUUCACAGUGAUGGGGAUAAUCGGGGGAUCCCUGCUCGGUGCAUUCAUCCUUGGCAUGUUCAUCCCGGCCUCCAACACCCUUGGUGUGUUCGCCACUAUAGUAGUUGGGUUCGGUAUUUCAUUUUGGGUCGGGAUUGGGGCGAGUCUGUACCCUCCUGACCCAAAGGUUUUGGGGGUGCUGCCCAGCUCAGCUGACCACUGCCCCCUGCUGUUGACGGGCAACACCACAUUCAACGGCAGCCUGGUUGCGGAGACCUCACUGGCAGGAGAGAGGUGA